UCGCGCUCAGCGUUGACGGGCACCAUCGGGUCAUGUUGUCCGCGCGGCGGGGCGAGACGAAGACCUGCCCGCGUGCUGCUGUCAGCGUCUCCGGCGGAGCGGGAACCGUGACGGCUGCUGCGGGACGUCCCGAGGCCGGGAUGGGAGGAGAGGCGUGUCCUCACAAGCUGGCAUCAACCAAUCAGCUGAGACUUCUGCUCUACAUCCUGGUUCCCACCGUGAGCCUGCUGGCCGGCCUGCUGCUGCUGGUGCUCGCACUCACAGGUAUAUUCGGCCGAGGCUUCCUGGACUCCAGCCCGCUCCCCUCCCCCGAACCCGUCGCCGACAGCAACCCUGGCUACCAUGGCAACAGCACAAACCCCUCCCCCUUCUGGGAGGCAGACAACGUCACGGAGAUGCCUCAGCGUAACCACAGCGACGAUGACGACGACAUCACAAAGGGCGCCAGCACUACGGCCAAUCCAGGCUCCGCCUCUCAGGCCCCGCCCACACAGCACGUCACACAGCCUCCUGAUUGGCUGACCUCUGUGACAUCGCUGAGCACCGCCUGGCCAAUCAGCAGCACCGCAGCGCCAGACUCAGGAAGCUGUCAGCUGAUCGUGGAGCCCCAGUGUCACAUGCUGCCCUACAACCAAACAUGGCUGUCCUCCUCCGUCGCCGUGGUGAAGAGCUCGGAGGUCGACAUGUUGCUAAGGUUCUUCAACUACCUCAGCAGACUGUCCUGCUACCGACACAUCAUGCUCUUCGGCUGCUCGCUGGCCCUGCCCGAGUGUAUCCCUGCAGAUGGCUCGCACAACAGACAGGUGGUGCUGCCCUGCUCCUCCUUCUGUGAGGCAGCGAGAGAGGGUUGUGAGCCGGUCCUCCAGAUGUUCAACGCCUCGUGGCCCGAGUUCCUUCGCUGCUCGCAGUUCAGCAACGCCACCUUUCCCUCCUCGCCGUCGCCCACGGCAACGCCAGGCCCCACCACGCAUCCCUGUUACACACCCAGACAGAUCAAAGGGAGACCCUCUGUGUGCGGCGGGAAGGACAAUUUCCUUUGCGCGACGGGAAUCUGCAUCCCCCAGAAACUGGUGUGUAACGGCUACAACGACUGUGAUGACUGGAGCGACGAAACACACUGCGAUUGCUCAGACUCAGAGUUUCGCUGCAGCACCGGCCGCUGUCUCUCUCCCACGCUGGUGUGUGACGGCUACGACGACUGUGGAGACCUGAGUGAUGAGCUGAGCUGUGUGUGUAACCUGGCAACUGAGCAUCGCUGUGGAGACGGCCGCUGUGUGUCCAGAGACUGGCUGUGUGACGGAGACCACGACUGUCUGGACAAGAGCGACGAGCUCAACUGCUCCUGUAAGAGCCAGGGUCUGUUGGAGUGCAGGAACGGCCAGUGUGUCCCGUCAGCGUUUCGUUGUGACGGAGAAGACGACUGUAAAGACGGCAGCGACGAGGAGCACUGCAGCCGAGAGCAGACUCAGGGUGUGUGUGCCCCCGGUCAGCCCAGCUGUAUCUCCACUUCCUGUCCGCCAGCAUGCGGGGGCAGCGCUGCCUGUGACCCCCGAACCAACAGCAACAACAACUGCACUCGCUGUGAGCCCAUCAGCCUGGAGCUGUGCAUGAAUCUGCCCUACAACCAGACCAGCUACCCCAACUACCUGGGCCACCUGUCCCAGAGAGAGAGCUCCGUGUCCUGGGAGGCCUCCCUGUUCCCUGCCCUGGUCCAGACCGGCUGCUACCAGUACCUCAUGUUUUACGCAUGCACGCUGCUCGUCCCCAAGUGUGACCCGGUCAGCCUGCAGAAGAUCCCGCCCUGCAGGUCUUUGUGUCGUAAUGCGAAGGAGAAGUGUGAGUCGGUGCUCGGCAUCGUGGGGUUGACGUGGCCGGAGGACUCGGACUGCAGUCAGUUUCCAGAGGAGGGAGGAAACACCAGCUGUCUGCUGCCAGAGGACGGGGUGGACGAGUGCUCCCCGAGCCACUUCAAGUGCCGGUCGGGCCGCUGCGUCCUCGCCUCCAAACGCUGCGACGGGCACCUGGACUGUGACGACCACAGCGACGAGGACAACUGUGGCUGCUCUGAGCGCGCUCUGUGGGAGUGUCCCGGCAGUAAGGUGUGCAUCAAAGCCAGCAUGAUCUGUGACGGGUUCCCAGACUGCCCCCUGCUGGUGGACGAGACUAACUGCUCGGUGUGCCGAGACAACGAGCUGUCCUGCAACAACCAUCAGUGUGUUCACCGGACACUGUGGUGCGACGGAAAGAAACACUGUUCAGACAGCUCUGAUGAAUGGAACUGUGUGGCUCUGUCUGACGGGUCGGGCUCGGUGCUGACCGUGUUCAGGACUGCGGCUGAGUACCAGGUGUGUGCCGACGAGUGGAGCCCCGAGCUCAGCAAACUGACCUGCAACCAGCUGGGACUAGGAGUUCCCUCCUCUGUUUCCAUGGUAGCGGAUCAGCCUGGCGUCCCCGGCCGGCGCCGCUGGCUACACGUCCACCCGGACUGGAACCAGAGGAACGGGUCAGCUCUACAGGCCCGGCUGGAGAAGAGAAGUCAUGCGUGUCAUUCCAGGAGGAGAGUGUCCCUGUUGUGUACCAGAGAAGAGUGUGGUCUGCGUCCUGCAGUGGGUCUCUCCCCCGUCAGGAAGAAGAGGAUUCUGGGAGGCCGAGUGUCUCGGCGAGGCUCGUGGCCGUGGCAGUGCUCGCUGCAGAGCGGGCCCAGCGGACACGUCUGUGGCUGCGUGCUCAUCCACCGCCGCUGGGCUCUGACAGUCGCUCACUGCUUCGAGGGGAGGGAGAGUGCGGAGCUGUGGAAGGUGGUGCUGGGUCUGAAUAACCUCGAUCAUCCGGGUGUUCACAGUCAGAGCCGCGGGGUGCGCUCCAUCAUCGUGCACCCGCGGUACAACCGGGCGGUGGUCGACUACGACAUCAGCGUGGUGCAGCUGGACUCUGAGGUGGAGGAGACUGCGUUCGUCAGACCGGUGUGUCUGCCUCGGCCAUCGCAGCUCCCUUCUCCAGAUUCCUACUGUUACAUCACAGGCUGGGGACACAUGGGCAACAGGAUGCCCUUCAAGCUGCAGGAAGGGGAGGUCCGGAUCAUCUCUCUGUCCCAGUGUCAGUCGUACUUCGACAUGAAGACUAUAACUCCCAGAAUGCUUUGCGCCGGCUACGACGCUGGAACAGUCGACUCCUGCAUGGGUGACAGCGGUGGCCCGUUGGUGUGUGAGGACCUCGGUGGCCACUGGACUCUGUUCGGCCUGACCUCGUGGGGCAGUGUGUGCUUCAGCAAGGUGCUCGGGCCCGGAGUGUACAGCAACGUUACACACUUCACCCCCUGGAUACAACAACAGAUCUACAUACACACGUACCUGAGGGACUGACACACACACACACACACACACACACACACACACACACA